ACCGACUUCACUGCACAGCCAGCGAAUGAGGACACGUCGUAUCCGGAGGAGGGAAACUGAAAAGCCCACUGAGAGAGUCAGCUCUUACUGCGGCUGCGAUUCUGUGGAAAAUCGGGUUUAAAUGUGGCUGUUUGCGAUGUUUUAGAAGCUUAAACAGUCUUUUUUCUGCGGUGCUCACUUCAGCCUUUUCAUUCAGUUGUGAGAAACAUACACGGUCGACAAAACAGCGCGUUAAUUUGAGACGUUGAACGUCGACACCAGCAGGCUAAGCUAACGUUAGUUCACUCACUACAGCCGUGAGACCUGUUGAAUCUGACAUUAGCCAAUCAGAUAUAUAACCAGCUCUGCUCUGAUAGUGGAGACGUUUGCUCAACACGUUUUCACGAGUGUCUAGAGUUACAGUAGUCUGUUCAUUAACAUAAUAAUCUGCCUCUCUAUGUAGGUUUUCUGGUUGCUAGCUAGCUAACUGGACCCAGACAUGUCCGUUGUGACAGUACAGCUGGGCCAGUGCGGGAAUCAGAUCGGCCCACAGCUCUUCAGCACUCUGUACGAUGAUUCCAGCGGAGCCAGCCCGAAAACAUACAAGGAGUUCAGCCAUGAGAGAUUUUUCUGGGAGGAUUCAGGAGGAAUGCUGGUGGCGCGGUCUGUUCUGGUUGAUAUGGAGCCUAAAGUUAUUUCUCAAGCCAUAACAAAGGCUUCAAAAUCUGGAAAGUGGAGAUACUGGGAGAAAGCACACUUCUGCCAAAAACAAGGCUCUGGAAACAACUGGGCAAAUGGAUACUGUGUUCAUGGCCCUCGCCAUGAGGAAGCUGUGGAGGAUCUGGUCCGGAGGGAGGUGGAACGCUGUGAUCGCCUUUCAGGAAUCUUUGCCAUGAUGAGUGUUGCAGGGGGUACAGGUUCCGGAGUUGGGACCUUCAUCACACAGUGUCUGCGAGACAUGUAUCCCCAUUCUUUUAUUCUCAAUCACCUGACGUGGCCCUAUGGAACAGGAGAGGUGAUCGUGCAGAACUAUAAUACGGUGCUCACGCUGUCGCGUCUCUACCAGCUGUCCGAUGCCAUUGUGGUUCAUGAGAAUGACACUGUUCACAAAAUCUGCAGCCAGCUAAUGAACAUCAAGCAAAUCUCUAUCGAUGAUAUUAAUAAGGUGAUCGCUCACCAGCUGGGUAGCAUGCUGCAGCCUGCGUACACUGCAGACUCACCCACCCACUACAGCAGAAACCCUAUAGGUGAAUUAUUGAGCUCCCUGGUGUGUCAUCCUGAGUACAAACUGCUAAGCCUGUGCAACAUCCCUCAAAUGUCUCAUACCUCACUGGCUUACAGUGCCUAUACUUGGCCUGGAUUGCUUAAGCAUUUAAGACAAAUGCUUAUUGCCAGUGCCAGGAUGGAGGAAGGUAUCGAUUGGAAAGUGUCUGUGCCGUCAUCUGGAGGGGAGAGCACUCGAAAUAGACAGAUGGGUUUUAACAGAUCACUAUCCAAUCUUCUGAUACUGCGGGGUAAAGAUGUCUCCAGUGCUGAUACAGAUGGUUUUAAGGACCCUGCCCUUUAUGUCCCAUGGGUCCCACCAGAUGGCACCUUCAGCUCAUGGACCUCACCUGUGCCUUUUAAUGGCUAUGAGAAGUCUGCCACUUUAGUCAGCAAUAGCCAGUUCCUGUUGAAGCCUCUGGAUAAUAUCGUUAGGAAGGCUUGGAACAUGUUUGUGUCUAGGGCUUACGUUCAUCAGUAUACCAAAUUCAGAAUUUCGGAAGAAGAUUUUCUUGACAGCUUUAGCAUGUUGGAACAGAUCAUUUCAAGCUACACACACCUUUGAAUCUACCUCAUUGUCUCAUUUUUUUUCAGUUUAGGAACUAUGAAUAUCAGUUUUCUACUGUAAAUUGUGAAAUUUUGGUGAAGUAAUUUAUACUAUUAAAAUAAUAUUCUUUUCUAACA